GAAGAGGUUCAAGUACGAAUUCCUGCUCAUGAGAUUCGGGUUCGGUGAGCAUCGCAACAGUGCAGGUAAGGUUAGGUGGUGGGAUGCAGUGAGCUGAUCUGUUUGGUGCAUUAAAUCAACAUUAUUUUUUUCAAUGCAUUCAGAAGAAAUUAAUUAUGCUUUGGAACUUUUAUUAUAUUAUUAUUAUGUUUUGAAAAAACACCCAUGCUUAUCAUGGCCUUUUAGAAAAAAACACCCAUCCUACUUAAAAUAAAUUAUUUGCGUAUCUGCUACUGAUUUUAUGCGUUUGUUUAUGCGUAUCUGCUAUUGAUUUUAUGCGCUGAGCCAUGUGCCAGUUUGAGUAUAAUGGAAAUGCCAUAGCCUUUUAUAAUGAGUACCACGUUCCGUCACAAUCACCAAAGCUUCAACAUUUUACAAUCUGGGAGAAAUGAAUCAGAUUCGGCGUCUCUCGACGUGCACCAUCCGACCAACAAGCCAUAAAGAUCAGCUACCAGCUCAGAGAAUUGAGCUAACUCCAUGGGACCUGCGGCUCAUCCAACUUGAUUACAUCCAAAAGGGACUUCUCUUCCACAAACCAGCGGAGAAAGAAGCAAACCAGAGUUUGAUACAACACCUAAAAGCCUCUCUUUCCCACACCCUGAACAUCUUCUACCCACUUGCCGGCCGCCUAGCCGUGACUGAAAAUGAAGAUAAUACCACUUGUUUUUCCAUCAACUGUAAUGGCGAUGGAGCCUUGUUCGUCCAUGCAGCUGCCUAUGGUGUCGAAGUGUCUGAUAUCCUUGACUCUGUUUAUGUCCCUGCUGACAUUGUCUUUAACCUCUUUUCCCUCAAUGAGGUCCCGAACUUCGAAGGCAUUUCCAAACCAUUGCUUGCAGUGCAAGUGACUGAGCUAUUUGAUGGCUUCUUUAUUGGUUGCAGCAUAAACCACAUGGUUGUGGACGGUACCUCUUUUUGGCAUUUCUUUAACACUUGGUCUGAAAUUUCUCGUAUUGGCUUUGAUAAAAUUUCUCAACCUUACCCUGUUUUUGGCCAUCGUGAGUAUCAUGACAGCUUGACUGAUCUCCCAAUUCACCUACCCAUGUCCUACGAUGAAAUCAAAAGUAACCAUCUUAUAAUCGGACCAUCCUCCUAUUCGUUACAAACUGUAGUAUUUCAUUUUCCCAAAGAAAAACUAGCAGAGCUCAAAGCAAAGGCCAAUGCUGAAAUGGUCAACAAUAACAUCUCAACUCUUCAAGCACUCAUGGCUCAUCUUUGGCUAGCCACAACGCGUUGCAGACAUCUCAAUCCAAAUCAAGAGGUUACUUAUCUAAUUGCGGUAGGAUUGAGGCAAAAGUUGAAGCCACCAUUGCCAAAAGAAUACUUUGGAAAUGGGGUCCUAGGCGUUAAUGUAAAAUCCAGUGCAAGUGAGCUGCUACACCGUGGACUAGGCUGGGCCGCUUCGCAAAUAAACAAAACAAUCGCUUCCCUGACAGCUGAAGAAGCGAGGAAGUACUUGCAGGGUUGGGAAAAAGCCCCUACAUUUCUUCCAAAGUUCAGCGAUCCAAAAAUGGUGGGAUUGCUCACAGGAAGCUCGCCGAGGUUCAAUGUGUAUGGCAAUGAUUUCGGGUGGGGGAGACCGGUUGCGGUGCGAAGCGGAGCUGCCAACAACAUGGAUGGGAAGUUGACUGUGUUUCCUGGGGCUGAAGAAGGCAGUGUAGAUUUUGAAGCUUGCCUUUUGCCUGAGACUAUACAAGCUAUGUUGGACGAUGCAGAGUUCAUGGAGGCUGCAGCGCUGGCAUGAUUAAACUCUUUGCAAGUUUUUCAAUUUGCGUAACCCAAAACAAUAAUGUUUGUCUUUGCAUGUUCUCAGUCUUACCGAAAUCUUCAAUUACCUUGAUUUGUGCAAGGGUAUAAUGGUUAUUUUA